AUGGAACGCACAAAAUGGCUCGACGGCCUCCGCGGCAUCGCGGCCGCCAUCGUAGCCGCGGAUCACUUCUUCAUGAGCGACGUCUGGCACCCCUUUGUCUCUUACUGGACCGACCCGCCCGAGGGAAAUCGCCAUAUAGUGCAACUACCACCGAUUCGCAUUCUCUUCUCCGCCCAUGGAAUGGUAACGUUGUUCAUGGUGAUCUCCGGCUACGCGAUUUCCAUCAGUCUCCUGAACGCUCGAAAUGGCCCCCAAUUCUUGGCGCGAGUUUCGUCGGCGGUCGUACGAAGGGUCUUCCGCAUCUAUAUGCCCGUGUUUGUGACGGCUAGUUUUGCUCAGAUCUUUUACUUUUUUGAUCUUUAUCAUUGGCCGUUUGACGAGGGGUUUUUGGAGACAUUGCCUAAACCUUGGACGGCACCUUGGGCUCAUUUUACGUGGGUGCUCAAUUACAUGGCGGAUAGUAUAAACAUUAUCGCAUUCGAGUACCGCGGGGCUUUGAAUGGCCAGCUAUGGACUAUGCCGGUCGAGUUUAGGGGGUCAAACGUUGUUUACCUCCUCAUCGUUGGACUCUCGGGGUGGCGAUCAAAGUCGCGAUUCUACGUUCUUCCCCUUCUCGCAUGCUUCUUUCUCUGGUAUGGCAACUGGGAUAUCUUCGGCUUUAUCUGGGGUCUCUGGCUGGCCGAGAGAGCUAGAUCUAGAGCUACGGCGACUACUUCCUCGUUGCCAUCUGACGAACCUCUGAAUGCGGAAUUCGAGAUGGCAGAGUUUGAAGACGAAGACAGAUCCAGGUCAUUCUUCACUGCGCCCCUGCGUCUAGGCUCAUGGCGCGGCAAGCUUCGCGGCAAGCUUCGAUGCAAGAGCUUGAAAUCGCGAAAUUGUAUCACUUUCUCACGGAUAAGUGCCGUGCUCAUUUUCGUCGCGGGAUACUAUCUCCUUUGUCUGGGCAACGACGGCCACCUGCCACCAGGAUACCAGUUCCUCUCCGUCCUGCAACCUUCCCGCUGGAAGGAUAAGUGGGAUAUAUACCACUUUUGCUGGAAAACGAUCGGAUCGGCUAUGCUGGUCUAUGCCAUUGGGGAACUACCCGGCCGCUUGACUCGCGAGUAG